ACUUCAGCUUCUGGAGCAUCUCUUCCCCAUCCUUCUUCACUGACCUGGGUGUCUGCAGAGCUGUUCCUCCCACAUAUCCUGACUCCUCUCCAGCUGCAGUCUUGAAACUGCAAGUUUUUUCCCCCCUUCUUAAAUCUGUUAUCCCAGAGGUGCGUAUGAGCUGCGUAAGUCACAUAAAAGCUUUGGACAGAACUGGUUUCCUCACUUUAUGUGCUCUGAUGUGCCCCAGGCAGCUGUGAGAGGAGGAAAAGGAAUGCCAGAAAGACUGAUUCUGUUUUCGCACCCACUUCUGACAUGCAGUUCCCUGCUGCUGACUGCAGCAGCCUGCAUGAAUAGCCAGUGCCACCUCCUGCAGCUUGGAUUCUUGCCUCCCAGCAUAGCACUAGUCAGCAGUCUCAACUUACAAUAAAGCCAAAACUUGCCUCUGCUACAUCCUGAACCUGCUAUAACGAUGCCUGUUACUUAUCUCCUUGUGGCAGUCAGAGUGAAACGCAGAUUUUGUGUCACUGCCACCAACACUGAUCCCCUGUGAGAUAUGGGGCGUGGAAUGACCACAACCAAUGUGGAGGGAACAAGGUGCAGAGUCACAUAGAUCAGCCAAAUUUCUGAGAAAUGUCCAGGCUUGUAUUAAUGCUCUCUCAGCUGGACAGGAAGCAUCUAUGAGACCACGAGGACUAGGACCUACACUUUGCUCAUUACUGAUCUAGCAGCUGAAUCCAUAUAGCAGCCUUUUGUCAUUCUGGAAGAGCAGCUGCUGUGAAUUCAGCACACUGUGAUAUGCUAAAACAUUUCUGGCCUCUCUCUGUUGGUCCUUUCCCUCUGAAGGGCUGGGAGACUACAGCCCUCUGUGUGCCGGGCUGGGCUGAGACUGCCCAGACAGCACAGAGCGGAGGCUGCUUUAGUUCCCCCAUUGCCGAGACCGGCAGAAACAUGACAAACAGAGAAUCUGGCAGGAUCCCACAGCUGCUUUCCUGGCCAUACUGCCUUCCUUUUCCGGAACGCUGCGGCUGCUAGGGACGCAUUUCCCCGGGGUCGGUGCAUCCGCAGGGAAUGCCGACUGGGAUGCCGGGAGACGGCCCCGCCUCUCCAUGGUGACGCGAGAACGCUGCCGUGGCCGGGGAGCCGGGGCAGCGGCAGGGACACCGCCGGGGCCCGGGAGCAGCUCCUCGGGGCUGGACACCUUCCCUGGAAUAAAAAAGCCCCGGGACCCUCCGUCCGUCCGGGGCAGCGCUGAGGGGGGUGAAGCCAAUGGACAAAGAUCACACACCCCCAGACAAUGAGAGAAGCAGUACAGAGGACUGUCUGAAGAAAAAGGAAAAAGCCAAGCGUGUUAUCAAAACUAUCCAGUGGACCACAGGCAACAACUUCACAGUGGAGAGAGGGCGACAGCAGAUUGAAGAGCUCAUUUCUACAUGGGACAUUCAUGAAAGCUGGCUUCACCACUCAGAAUUUCUUGAGGAAGAAGAACUGAAGGACAGCAAGAGGUACCAUUACAGAGCUUGCUGGGGCAUCCCAACACGCAGAAAACCCAUCCCACGAGCAACAGCAAGCGUCUACUUUGUUAUAGUGAUCUCCAAACUCAAACCUGACACCUCGCCUGUGGAGGUUUUCUUCAGACUGGAGUCCAGCAGGCUGAUUCGCAGGCCAGAAGAGUGUCAGUUUAGAGAAAAGUGGCUUCAGGACAUUAUUGAAAAUAAAAUAAUCCUCAUAGAAAGACUUAGUUCCCAAUGAGCAGCUCCAAUUCACCAUCACCAAUGCUCCGUUUUGGAGAACCAAAUAAACACAAUGAAGAAAGAAA